CAGAAAGAACAGUCAAAAUGCAGACAGGGGACAGGACAAAGCACUCGGGACAACAUGUAUAAAAAAAUGAACAUUUUUUAAAAUUUUCAAAUUUCCCGCCGGUUCCGACGCCCGUACGUCCCGACGUCACAGGGACCGGAACACAGAAGCCGGAUGCCGGCAUCAGCCGGAGGAGAUGGCUGGGGACGCUGCAGGGGACACAUCGCGGGAGCGAAGGACAAGGAAAGCUCUGCAGGGAAUCCCUAUGCAGCGCCGCAUGGUAAACCCGAGUGUAGCUUGGGGUUACCGCUUUUGGUACUGAAA